AUGUCGAAGAAGUUUAAUAUUCGUGAAUGGGUUCUAUCUGUCAAAUACUGGUCACUUCUGUUCAUUCCCCAUAUAUCAAUCUGUUUGAUUUUUUUAAUCUAUGCUCUUGUGGGUGCCAGCAUUAUUCAAGAAAUUGAAUCAGAUGAUCCACGAUCUACUUCUUCAAUAGCAUCGGUAACAACAUCUACUCCAAUUGUUGCAGUAAAAAAUCUUGAUCGAGAACGAGAACGUCUCUUAUCAAAAAUAACGGAUAAAAGACAAAUAGUUGACGUACAACAAUAUAUAAAAUAUGUUAAUAAGCAUAUUCGUGAAUAUGAAGAAGAAUUUAAAAAAACAUUUCAAGUUACUAUAACAACACGAUCAACUGUUAUUGAAAAGUUACCAUUAAACGAAGAAAAUUCACGUUGGACUUUUCCUGGAUCAUUAUAUUUUAUCGGAACAACUUUAACAACCAUCGGCUCAAAUGAUUUUACGCCAAACACAAAAAUAGGAAAAUUAUUUUUAAUGAUCUAUGCUGCUAUUGGCAUUCCAUUAACAUUAGUAUUUCUAUCGGAUUUAAGUUUAUUAAUAGCACGUUUAAUAAAAUAUUUAUCCUUACUAUUACUACGUGCUUAUUCAACAAAAUAUUUUCUUCACGUACGACAAUGGGUAUUAUUUCGCUUUAUUGAAAAACAAUUGGAUGUUUCAAUACCUAUUCCAGCAGAUGAAGAUGAUUUAUUUACAGCAAAAAUCAAUCAACCAUUUGCAUCGUCAUUUGAUACGCAAUUGAAUGAAAAUGGUCAACAAGCAAGUCGACCGUCAUUGAAACAACGACGUUUAUCUGACCAUCUUCAUAUAAAACGCAUUAGAAACAUUUAUAAUAUACUGAUUGAUACAAUAAAUGAUAUUGACGAUGAUAUUGAUUUGACGAUGCCACAAUUAUUAAUCACACUUUUUAUUUAUAUAAUUAUUGGUGCAUGUCUAGUUAAAUCAAAUUCAUUUAUUGAUAGUAUUUACAUUUGUUUUACAUCUAUAUUUACCAUCAAUAUAAGAAAUUAUUAUCGAGAUGCAGCAAUUCAUUAUGAAAAUAAUAUGAAAUUAAUAUUUAUUCUAGCCGUAUACUUAUUAUUUGGUUUAGCUAUUGUCUCAUUAUGUAUAAACGCUGUACAAAUACGAAUACAAAUAACACUUGAAAAUAUUGGGAAAAAAUUACUUCGAGAUCUCGUCGAAUUUCUUCGACAGAUGGGUUUUCAUGAAUUAAGCACUGAUGAAAUAUUAGCUAUGACGAAUAAUAAUUCUCAUCCAAUAUCAAUGUCAACAUCAGAAUUACUUUUUUCACGACAACGGCGUUUAACACGUUCAAUGUCAAUUAUACCCGAACAACUAACCACAUCAGCACCUGCCCGUCCUGUUGGUAUUGCUGAACCAGUACGUCGUGUUUCGAGUAGUCUUAUUAUUCGAGCAUUUAAAAAUUCUGACAUUGAUACAAAUACAGAUAAAAGUGUUCAAGUUAAUACAAUAAUCCGAUCAUGUGGCCGUUGCGCUGGUUCAACUCCAACAACAUCAGUGCUAUCAGUAAGAAAACAUCAUGUUGUAUCAUCUUCACCUUCAUCACCUGGUGAAGUUAGUUCUGGUUGUGAAGAUGAUGAUGUUUUAUCACCAACAUUAUCACCACCGAAUUUGGAUAGACUUCGUCAACGACGCGCGACACUUGUUGCAAAAACAAUAAUUAAUCAAAUGGCUACGCAACCAGCAGCAUUAUCUACUGAUGAACAUGUACCAUCAUUGACGCUACUAACUGCUCAACGCCAUCGUCCUUCAGAAGCAUCGACGUCAGCUUCAUCUAGAUAUUCAGCUACGAAAUUGCUAAAUACUCCUGGUGAAAAAACACAUAAACGAGAGUUAAGUCAUGAAGAAUUCUCAGAAAUUUCAAAACAAAUAUCAUCGUUAUUAACACCGAGUGAUGAUGAGAAUUAA